AUAUGGUUUCUCGAUAUGGCAACAUUAAGUACCGUGGUUUAUUUAAUAUUUGAAAACGGCGGUUAGAUUUAAGUGUUGUAAAGAGAUUUCAAGUGUACUGUGAGUGCUUGUGGUUUUAUUACAGUACUUGAAGGUCAAUAUUUAAACAUCAAGAUGGAAGAACUUAAUAUUACAUAUUUUCGGAAGCUGUAUUCGAAUAACGUUAAACAACUUGAAGCUUCCUGUAAAUACUGGGAAGAAAUUUGCUCAAGUGUUUCUCUAACAGAUGAUGUUCUUGGAGAAAUACGGACUGCUGUUGGUCUAACGAAGCUACUAAUUAGACAGAAGCUGAAGCAAUUUGGUGAUCUUGUGGAUGAAUCAGAACAUAAAACAGGUGAAAAGGAAGUAACAUGUCAAGAUUUACAAGGAUUUUGGGAAAUGGUUUACUGUGAAGUGGAUAAAUUACAGAACAGUUUUAAGAAGCUAGAGGAAUGUCAAAGUAAUAACUGGGAAUUUUUUCCAGAAGAAAGUCCGGUAGAAGUAAAAAAAAGUGUUCCUGCUUCAACACUAAAAAAACAAAAGCCAUCUACAAAAUAUCACAGCAUAGCUGCUCGACAGAGAUUGGCUGAAGCAAAACUGAAAAUGCAGGCUCUUGCCAAACAGAAUGAAAAUAUGUUAGUAAUUGACAUAAAAGAACCUGCUAAAGCAAACUCUGCUAUAAAUUUGGAAAAUGGUAAUAAAGAGGAAAAGAGUUUUCAGACCAAAACAGUGGAGAAACUUAAUCAACUUAUCAAUGAAGAAGAAGAAGAAUCAAUUGCAAAAGAUGAGAGAGUUUUGGUGUUGUCAGCAACAGAAAGUAACAUUAAAAUUACUGAUGAAUCAGAGAAAACUAUCAGAAAUAGCAAAAACUUAAGUGAUCAGUGUUUAAAAGCUUUCAACGGACAGUCAGAAAGAAAGCCAAAUAAAGAGUCCAGUUUAAAAUCCACCCUAAAGAAGAAAGAAAAUUCAGCUCCUGUUCUUCAAAAUAUAAGAAAGUUAAAAGAAAAUAUUCCUUUACAAUGCAUAACAAGAUCUUCUAAAAAGAAACUUUUAGUAGCACAACAAACAGCACUCCAAGAUCAAAAUGUUAUGCAUACUAAUUAGUGUCCACACAAUGAGGGAGGUGAAUUGUACAUAUUCAUGUCAGAAAGUUUUCUAUUCAUCUGUCUGUGAAAGUUCAUCUUUUUAUAUUUUUAUGUAGUACAAAAUGUAUUUAAAGAUACUCUAAUUUAUUUUAGUAUUCUGGUUUUAUAGAAAUAAUGUAAUUCAAUUAGAGUGUAUGUAGUUCAAAUAUGCAUUAUUUUUUAAUUUACCGUGGAAACUUUCAAACUGCUUAUGUAUUAUUCAGUCAAUUUGUUUCAUUCUAAAUAUUUAUGUUUAUGUGAAUUGUUUUCUAUAUAAUUUUAUAAGCAAAUUAUAUUAAACUAAACAAUCAUAAACAUUUGUAUUGAAGUGUUAAAUAUAGCAAUAAAUUGUUUCCAGAACAAAAGAAAUGGUCAUAGUUAUUAUAUUGCAAAAUCUAAAUCUUGGACUUAGCGCAAAAUAUCAUAAAUAAAGUUCAUAGCAAUACUUUCUGUUCUUUUACCCUAAUUUAUGUGAAUUAUAGCUAAUAAAAUUUGGAUCUUGAAACAGA